AUGGUUGAUCCUACAAGAUUACUGGCAGCUAUUUCGCCAAACACAGAUGGUCUCUUUGACUCAGUUGUGAGUGGGAUUGGUAUCGUUGGAGUAAACGACGUAGGACCCCAAAAAGUGGCAUUUGCAAACGCCGGUGACAUUUUUGGACAAAAACUGUUUCGCAUCGCUCCUGAGUACCAGUCGAGUCUCGUUACCGUCAUCAUUAUUGCCAAAGUUCUCCAGACGGUGCUGUUUGGUCCUCUACGGAUAGAUGAGGUUGAACGAUUAAUGGGCCAGACUUGGUACACAGUGGUGGAAUUUUUAGUUGCAUUUUUGAUAGUUCAGGAGAAACUAUCGACCCAGCUCCUGUGUACUGCUUUAUUAUACAUCCUCCUCAAAUGGUUUCAUUCCCUUGCAUCAUCCAGAGUACUGGACAAUUAUCAUGACGUCCAAAAUCGGACGCAGCAUAACAAUAACAAUAACAACGAUCAGACCAAUAAUAUUGAUAACAAUACUGCCAAUGUUAGCUCUGAUAUUGAUAGUCAUACUCCCGAGUUGACGGGAUCAGGGUUCUCUGACUCCUCUGAUGGGUCUGAUAACAAUCCUGCCAUGCCCAACAUGCCAAACCCGGGUGCCAACAGUGAAGUCGCACCAAGACGAUUCGUCAAACUGUGGGUAGUGGUGGGUUUAUUGCAUUUGAACGACAUUAUCUGGCUCCAGCAUUAUUAUAAAGAGCUAUUCAUCACCGCGAACAACGGUAUUUUGAAAAUGUCGACGACGAUUUUCGCAGUCGAGCUGUCCAUAAUGUAUGCCAGUCUGCUUGCUACAACGAGUCAGCUGUAUUUUAUGAACAGCCAGGAAGGUCAACAGAGACUCCUGAACCCGUCACGAAACUCGAAUCAUAUUUAUUUAUCGCUUGCAAACAUCUUUUCCGACGUGCUUAAACUGUCAAUAUACAUGUGCUUUUCAAUGGUAAUGCUAAGUCAUUACUGUCUACCACUGCACAUAUUCCGCGAAGCAUACCUAACACUGAGACUGGCCAUCCAAAAAGCCCGUGCUCUCAUCUGGCACAAACACCUGCUAGGCCAAUACAACAUCUCCUCGUUCAAACCGGCCACUGCCAGCGACCUCGCCCGCCACGACCACGACCUUGAAUGCAUCAUCUGCCGCGACGUAAUGACCCUAUCGACCCCCGAUGAAGACUCGCAGCCCGUCAAAAUCAGAUGUGGCCACAUCUUCCACUACGGUUGUCUCUUCACAUGGCUCCAACGGACUUGUCGAUGCCCCACCUGCCGUAGCUCCUUAUGA